GGUCCCCGGGCGGAGCGGCGGGACGGCGCGGCGGCGGCGUCAACGGGCGGGCGCGGGGCGCGUGUCAUGGCGGAGCUGGCGCAGGGGCAGAGCGCGGCGCCCGUGGGGAUCAAGCCCGAGGGCUUCGUCGAUGCUCUGCACCGGGUCCGGCAGAUUGCUGCUAAAAUUGGAGAUAUUCCUCACUUGAAUAAUUCGACAACACUCGUGGACCCGUCAGUUUACGGUUAUGGAGUGCAGAAGCGGCCCCUUGAUGAUGGAGGUCUCCGUGUAAGUGGGCUCCAUGGAGCACAGAUAAGAGAUACAGAGAGAAUAGGUAACCAGUUAGGGGCCCUGGUACAUCAAAGGGCUGUAAUAACAGAAGAUUUUAAAGUGCCUGAUAAAAUGGUUGGAUUCAUAAUCGGCAGGGGAGGUGAGCAGAUCUCACGGAUUCAGAUCGAGUCUGGCUGCAAAAUUCAAAUUGCUCCAGACAGUGGUGGGAUGCCUGAGAGGCCCUGUGUGCUCACCGGGACGCCAGAGAGCAUUGAACAAGCAAAACGGCUACUGGGGCAGAUUGUAGAUCGCUGUCGGAACGGACCUGGUUUUCACAACGAUGUUGAUGGCAACAGUACGAUUCAGGAGAUUUUGAUCCCGGCAUCCAAAGUGGGUCUAGUCAUCGGCAAAGGAGGUGAAACAAUAAAACAGUUGCAGGAGCGAACAGGUGUGAAAAUGAUAAUGAUCCAAGAUGGUCCAAUGCCUACUGGAGCAGAUAAACCUCUCCGUAUUACUGGAGAUGCAUUUAAAGUACAGCAAGCAAGGGAAAUGGUACUGGAGAUCAUCCGAGAGAAAGAUCAGGCAGACUUCCGAGGCGUACGCAAUGAUUUCAGUUCUAGAAUGGGAGGAGGCAGCAUAGAGGUCUCUGUGCCCAGGUUUGCUGUUGGAAUUGUAAUAGGAAGAAAUGGAGAAAUGAUCAAAAAGAUUCAGAAUGAUGCUGGAGUUAGGAUUCAAUUUAAACCAGAUGAUGGGAUUAGUCCUGAAAGAGUCGCACAGGUCAUGGGGCUUCCCGACAGGUGUCAACAUGCAGCACACAUCAUCAGUGAGCUUAUUCUAACAGCACAGGAACGCGAUGGCUUUGGAAGCUUGGCUGUAGCCCGGGGAAGAGGUCGUGGCCGUGGGGACUGGAGUGUUGGAACCCCUGGGGGCAUGCAGGAAAUCACCUACACGGUGCCAGCUGACAAGUGUGGCCUCGUUAUAGGCAAAGGUGGUGAGAACAUCAAGAGCAUAAAUCAGCAGUCAGGAGCUCACGUGGAGCUCCAGAGAAACCCACCUCCAAACACAGACCCUGGUGUGCGAAUAUUCACAAUCAGAGGAGUUCCCCAGCAAAUUGAACUCGCUAGGCAUCUCAUAGAUGAGAAAGUUGGUGGUACCAGCAUGGGUGGACCUGGAGGAUUUGGUCAGAGCCCGUUCAACCAAGCACCCACCACACCUCAUCAAAAUGGUCCUCAGGCGUUCAUGACGCAGGGUUGGGGCUCUACCUACCAGACGUGGCAGCAGCCUGGACAGCAAGUCCCAAGCCAACAGAGCCAGCAGCAGAACAGCCAUCCUGAUUACAGCAAAGCAUGGGAGGAAUAUUACAAAAAACAGAGUCACGCUGCCAGCGCUGCUUCUCAGGCAAGCUCCCAGCCGGACUACACGAUGGCCUGGGCAGAGUAUUACAGACAGCAGGCCGCCUACUAUGGGCAGACACUAGGGCAGGCGCAGGCCCACAGCCAGGAGCAGUAGAACAACGCCCUCACGGCCAUCGUCGCUACUUGGUUUCUCCCUCGGAAUCAUUGUGGAAGAAAACCUUUUUGUAACAGAGGUUUCUAGAUUUGCAACGUUUUGAUGAAGACUUUUCUGUUUGUUUGUGAAACACUAGCUGUAGGAUAAUCCGUACUGAACUUUUCUAAGAAUCAGGAGCAAUUAGUAACGUACUAAACUUACGGACAUGCUGGUAAUUUUGUUUCUAAAUUUGUACAAAACAGCAAAAACAACAAAAAAAAAAAAACAACAACAACCAUAAACACACACAAAACCCUCCGGGAUCCCCUUUGGACGGAGCCGGGGGAGCUGCAGCUCCAGCAGCGCACAUUGGAGCUGUGACAUUUCAACGCGUGCGGCCGCUGUUCUCCAGCUGGGGUUGGUUGGGUGGUUUAUUUUUUUUUUCUUUCUUUCUUUCUUUUUUUCUUCCCCCCCCCCUCCUCCUUUCCCCCCAUUUCUCCUCUCCUUUUCAUUUUGGAACCUUUUCUGUCGCAGCAGAAAGAGUGGCUUGGAAGUCUUAGGCGAUGUGUAACGAAUCCGAAUUGAAAACAAAAAAAAGAGGAAAAAGGAAAAAAAAAAAAAAAAAAAAAAAAAAAGGAUUUUAAACAGUAUUUAAAUAUUCUUAAAUAUGUAAAUUCAUUAAAUGUUUUACUUCUCGUUUUCUUGCAUCUUUGAUUUUUAUUGCAUUAUUGUUUUUUGUAAGGAAGAGCAGUGCUGUGUGCUGUCAGGACGGUGAGUUCUGCGCUGGGCCCUCGGCUCCCUGCUGGGCUCUGAGGAAGGGGAACAGGAAAAGAGGGGCGGCUUUUUGGGAGCCUCCUCCUCCCCGUCCCGCGGCCACGGCUGCGUUGGUGGAGCUGAGACCUCCGAGCUCAAUGGGAGAAAAGAAAAGAAAAAAAGAAAAAAAAAAAAAAGAAAAGAAACCUUCCUCUAUGCUCUCAGAAAUAUAAAUACUGUUAUUUUUAAUAUGAAAGUGGAUCUGCUAUUGUGAGAACCUUUUAACAAACACUGUGGAGGCGCAAAGCCCUAUCAGAGGUAGUAAAGCUAUUUUUUAAUCCCAAGGUGGGUUUGUUUCAGUUCUGUUUUUAUUUUGGCUUUUUUUGUUUGGUUUUUUUUGUUUGUUUUUUUUUUUUUUUGGUUCCUUUUAAAUAUUUUCCUAUCUAAUAUUGUCAGAUUGCCUAGAGAGAAAUGAAUCUAGUAUUAACCUCCGUACGCUGAAUGAUGUUGAUUUAAUAAAAGAGAUGCUAUGACUGGC